AUGGACCGCAUCAUUCGCCCUGUCGCCCGCCAAUUAUUAAGACCUCGACCAAGAUACCCCUUUUCAAUUCCCCCGACAGCUCGCGUACAGAGACUAUACAGCAUCAAACACAGCGCGCCGCAGUUGAAAGACCAGUCGCUGUUCAUUGAGAAGGCGUACAUUAAUGGCGAAUGGGUCGAUGCAAAGUCUGGCGAGACUUUCGAAGUCCAUGACCCGGCUACUGGCAAAUUGAUCGGAACAUGCCCCGAACUCGAUACAUCCGACGUUGAGAAGGCGAUUGAGGCCGCCUCAGAAGCCUUCCCCAAAUUUCGCACAACAUUAGGCCGCGAGCGCGCGCGCAUGUUGCGGCGCUGGUACGAUUUAAUGAUGGAGAACGCGGAUGAUCUAGCCAAGUUGAUUACAUGGGAGAACGGAAAGCCCUUUGCAGACGCGAAGGGCGAGGUCAACUACGCCGCCAGCUUCUUCGAGUGGUUCAGUGAGGAGGCCCCCCGCACAUACGGCGACACCAUCCCCGCCACAGUUCCCGGAAACCGGGUUAUGACUCUUAAGGAGCCCGUUGGUGUGUGCGGUCUAAUUACGCCAUGGAACUUCCCCGCGGCGAUGAUUACACGAAAGAUUGGCCCUGCCCUGGCGGCGGGCUGCACAGUCGUGGCCAAGUCUCCCCAGGAGACACCCUUCACAGCGAACGCAAUUGCUGAGCUUGCGCGCCGCGCUGGAAUUCCCAAGGGCGUUGUCAACAUUGUUACCUCCUCGAAGCACACCCCUGCAGUGGGCGAGCUCAUUACCACCCACCCCGAGGUGCGCAAGGUGUCCUUUACCGGCUCCACUAACGUCGGCCGCAUCCUCAUGAAGCAGUCUGCCUCGACACUCAAGAAGGUCUCCUGGGAGCUCGGCGGUAAUGCGCCAUUCAUCGUGUUCGAUGACGUCGAGGACCUCGAUGCUGCCGUGCUUGGCGCCAUUAACUCCAAGUUCCGCAGCUCUGGUCAGACCUGUGUGUGCGCCAACCGGAUCUACGUCCAAGAGGGCGUGUAUGAGGAGUUUACCAAGCGCUUUGUCCAGAAGGUCAAGGACUUCAAGCUCGGUGGUGGUUUCGAGGACGGUAUCACCCACGGACCUGUCAUUCACGAGCGCGCCGCCAACAAGGCCCACGAGCAUGUGCAGGAUGCUACUUCCAAGGGCGCCGAGAUUGCCAUCGGUGGACAGCGGGCUACCGCGCUCGGACCUAACUUCUACCACCCCACUGUCCUUACCGGCAUGAGCAAGGAUAUGCUUCUUGCUUCCGAGGAGACUUUCGGCCCCGUGGCUGGUCUCUUCCCUUUCAAGACGGAGAAGGAGGUUGUUGACCUGGCUAACCAUGCCGAGGUUGGUCUCGCUGGUUACUUCUUCAGUGGUAAUGUUCGCCGCAUCUUCCGUGUUGCUGAGGCCCUGGAGGUUGGCAUGGUUGGUGUCAACACUGGUUUGAUUAGUGAUGUUGCCUCUCCAUUUGGUGGUGUCAAGCAGAGUGGCUUCGGCCGGGAGGGCAGCAAGUAUGGUAUUGACGAGUUCAUGACUAUCAAGAGUAUUACUUUCGGUGGCAUGGGUGCACCUCUACAGGAGUAA